AUGAAUAAUUUCCCAGGCAUCACUUUGAAGAUCUAUGAGCUUUAAUUCGUUGUUAACCCCAAUGAUAGAGCCAUCUAAAUUCCAUAGUAAAUUCAGAUAUCUUAAAAAAAUCCGAAUCAAAACUUUCAAAUCUGUGGAAUUAAACAAAUUUAAUAGAAGCAGACCAUCUUAAAUUGUUUUUCUGAACUGUAAUCAAAGAUCGAACAACCUGAGACUUUCUGUGAAAAUCUAAUGCAAACAACUCGACCACCGACACAAUGGUGUGACAAUCCGGCAGAAGUAGAAAAUCGAUAUCCUAGAAAAAGUAUUAAGACGGAGCAGAAUUUAGUGAAUUAAUUAGUAACAUUGAAGAGAGCUAUCUAAUCUUAGAUUCCAAAACAUCGUCAGAAGGGAAGCAUGAUAUUUUCGGACAAUCGCGAAUAGGAAAUAAACUAUUACAAUCCGACAAGUAAAAACAUGUUUUAAAUAUAAGACUAAAGAGGUCACCGCAGCCUAAGAAGUGAUGUCCUCUACAAGACAAUAUCUCGGGAUAUGAGAAAAUUUUAUUCCAAAGACUUCAAUGCAGUGACAGGCUUUAUUAUAAUAAAAAAUAGAAGAGAAAAAAAGUUUUUCCUCGCUUAGAUAGAAGCCUACCUUAAAUAUAGGUUUCCAGAGUUCCACUACCUAUUGGAUAAGAGAUUAUAAUAAAGCGGUUCUCAAACUAGUGAAAAUAAAAUUAAUGAAAUAGUUUUCUUCUUUGGGUGCCUAAUUUACCCCAAAGAGAUGCACAAGUGUCUAUAGACUGAAGAUCAAUCUACCGCCAAAUCCGCUGAUAGCAAUCCUGACAGGAUUAAGAUGAAGUCUAUUUAAAAUGCAAAACUUAAAUCCUUCCACGAAUCCUUAUAUCAAUUUUCUCUCCAAAAACUUUAUGAUUUAAUCUGCUCUGAACUUUACGCGUAUUUCUUCUGCCAUUACUUCUAGAAGCAGAUCAUUGAGAAGAACCAUAUAGAGACAAAGUGCCCUAUGAACUAGCAUAAGCCAGCCUUUGUUAUAGCAUAUAACCUACUGCUAAGACUCAGCCAACUUACACUGGUGAGCUCCUUGCUAAAAUAAGAUGCAAAGACAUUAAAUGAAGAUUAUCUUUCAAGCGCCAUGAAAUAUUUGCAGUAGGAGCCAAAGACUUUGAAUCUAUUCCGUCCUGAAAACAAUCCAGAUAAAAAUUAAUUUCCCGAAGAUGACCUCAAAACUCUAACAUAAGAAGCAUUUUCAAUGAGAGAUGAGGAUUCUGACUCGGAAUUUUGA